GGGGCGGGCGGAAGGAGGAAGGAGGAAGGCUACGCUGAGGCUGGCGGGCGCCUGGUAGUCCGCUGUGGUGCGGCAGCCCAGCCAUGUCGGCGCACCAGCGGGGCACGGAGCUCGACCUUAGCUGGAUCUCCAAAGUACAGGUGAAUCAACCGGCAGUUCUGAGGCGCGCAGAACAAAUCCUGGCCCGCAGACCCGUGAAAAAGGAGUGGCAAGUUGCUUGGCUCCUGAAAGCUGUUACCUUUAUAGAUCUCACUACACUUUCAGGCGAUGACACAUCUUCCAACGUUCAAAGGCUCUGUUACAAAGCCAAGUAUCCAAUCCGGGAAGACCUCCUAAAAGCUUUAAAUAUGCAUGGUAAAGGCAUUACUACAGCUGCCGUCUGUGUGUAUCCUGCCCGGGUGUGUGAUGCAGUCAGUGCACUAAAGGCCGCAGGCUGUGAUAUCCCAGUGGCAUCAGUGGCCACUGGCUUUCCAGCUGGACAGACUCAUUUAAAAACACGAUUAGAAGAGAUCAGAUUGGCUGUGGAAGAUGGAGCUACAGAAAUCGAUGUGGUGAUUAACAGGACCUUGGUGCUAACAGGCCAGUGGGAGGCCCUGUAUGAUGAGAUUCGUCAGUUUCGCAAGGCCUGUGGGGAGGCUCAUCUCAAAACCAUCUUAGCAACAGGAGAACUUGGAUCCCUUACUAAUGUCUAUAAAGCCAGUAUGAUAGCGAUGAUGGCAGGAUCAGAUUUUAUUAAGACCUCUACUGGGAAAGAAACAGUAAAUGCCACCUUCCCUGUAGCAAUAGUAAUGCUACGAGCCAUUAGAGAUUUCUUCUGGAAAACUGGAAACAAGAUAGGCUUUAAGCCAGCAGGAGGCAUCCGAAGUGCAAAGGACUCCCUGGCUUGGCUCUCUCUCAUAAAGGAAGAGCUAGGAGAUGAGUGGCUGAAGCCAGAACUCUUUCGAAUAGGUGCCAGCACCCUCCUAGCAGACAUCGAGAGGCAGAUUUACCAUCAUGUGACUGGAAGAUAUGCAGCUUAUCAUGAUCUUCCGAUGUCUUAGAACAGCAAUAAGUCCUUCCCAACAAUGUUUAAAAAUUCUUUUUCUACGUGAUCCCUAAAAUCAUUUAAUAAAAAAUGGGGGACUAGGUAACUGACCUUUUCCCUUAAAAUUUCCAUAGAAUUUAACUCAAAGAAUGAAAGGGACAAACCAAAUUAUCUACACAUGGUCCCCACUUCAGGCACAUCUGAAAUGGUCUUAAUUACCAGAAGAGCUGCAGUGUUAAUUUUGUGACAAUUUUCACUUAAGAACUCUGGGUAAAAUGUUCAUGGUAGCUUUGACAACAUUAAAUUCUAAGGAAGUGGAAUGUAGACUUGCCUAAGAACCAUGCUGCAGCAUAAGAAAACAGGGUACCCUGUAUUCCCAACUUUGGGAGUCAAUCACUCAGCACUGAAUUCCUGCGGGGAAGAUCCAUUUUUAAUUUUUGCAGCAGAUAUGCUCUUUUACUAAUUGUUUUGCUAAUGAAAUUUCUGUCAUUGUUCUAUGAAACUAUGAGUAUAUCAUUGAAUUUUUUUUUAAUUAAAAAAAUUCCUGUUUUUUUAUUAUUAAAAAAUCCUUUAAAUUGUAAUAAUACAUAUUGAAAGGUUAAUCCAUUAAACAUACAAAGAGGUUUUAUCAAUGACUUUCUGAAUCUCUGUAAGUAGAGUUUUUGGUUAUUUAUCUCAGAUAAAGCACUUCAGUACGUUAUUAAUAAGUACAACUUCUGUCUAUA